UGCCAAUCCAAACGCACAGACCCCGAUCGAUUCCUGAGUCGUUCUCCGCUUCAACUCGAUCGACGAGCACGAGCAAGCAAGGCCAUACCGCCAUAGCCGCCGAGCGAGCCUGCAGCAGCAGUUCGAACGAUGGCGCUGGAGGGGUUUUUGACGGCGCUGGUCUUCUGCGAGGCGCCGCUGGAGGAUGCCUACGGCAUGUCGGUGACCACCGGCGUGAGGUUCACCGCGGCACCCCGUCCCGUGGACGUGUCGAAGCUCGCGGCCGUGGAAGCCAAGGAAGCCAAGUCGCGGUCGCCGCAGCGGCGGCCAGAGUACGCGCCGGCGCUCGACGGCCUGAACUGCUUCGAGACCGUCGUCAUGCACCGAGGGAGCCAUUGAUCGAUCGACUGAUUCGAGACGUGCCUCGUUUCUUUACGUCGAUCUGUAGGAUUAACUUGGAGUAGGCUAUUGUCACCUACCCUGCUUUAAUCGUUUACUGCUUUCUUAUUAGUAUAAUUAGCAUAAUCGUUUACUGCCUGUUCGAUAAGGAAACUUCAUGAAUCAAAAAAGAAUUCAAAUGCAUAA